CAAUACUCGAUCCAUCGACAGUCACUUAAGGUAUCUUUAAGUAGGAAAGGUAGGUCUACUUCUUUACUUUUCAACUUGGUUAGCUCUGUCACAUUACUUCAAACGUAAGAAAUACAACGAUACAAAGAACCAUACCGUAGGACUCAAAGAUGGCUGAAAAUGUAGAUCGCGCUGCACGAACCGAACGCCUUUACGCAGGGUUUGUCUGCCGAGAAAUGAGUCAAAAGGACGGUCACAUCAAGGGUAUCUUUGACGGUAAGGAAGGUGUGGUAUAUCUUCCUUCGAGAAAGUCUCACAAUUGAACUCAAAAUACCGUGGAAAUCCGCAUUUUGUGUUACUGCAGUACGUUGUUGUUCAAUUUUAUCCUUGGUUUAAAUUUUCUUUCUUUUGUUUUUGGGUAUGGUAAUGUAUGGUAAUGAUUUUGAAACAAAAGAAAAUAAAAUUUAAACCAAAUUAACGAUAAAUUGAACAACAACAAUAAAAUUCUAUGUCGCACAAAUGAUAUGCUCAUAUUUCAUAUAAAUUCACGCGCACUAACAAUGAAAUGCAAAACGUCACAACACGUCACGACAUUUGGUUAAGAAUGACAAAUAACUGUUUGCAGGGUUGAAGGAAUGCAAGGGAAAAUUUGCAAAAAGUCAGGGAGAAUUUAUUUCCAGUCAAAUACUGUGACGGAUAGAAAAUUUCAUUUUCAAGUAAAGUCAGUUGUCAUAGAGUCACGAGGAUCACACAUAAACGCCUUUCUUCUCCCGAAAAGAACUGUAUAGUCGAUCGAAUUUUAUAAUCCAAAUACCGUGAAAAACAUAAAGGGGUAGAAAGUGAUAGAAAUGAAAAGAACACAGUAGGUAAUAUGCUCUUGAAGAGGAAUAUUCUAGGCGAGGCGCACAAAAACUUGGUGAUCACAGCACAUAGAUCAAAUUCUACCCCCCCCUCGGUGGGGGAGAAAUGAAUGCGUGACGAACGAACCCCAAAGGACGUCUGCGGGGGGGCUAUCGUACAUCGUGCCUACACAAUAAUCCUGCAUAAGAAGCCUGAAAUCUAUUGAUGGUGCAUAGAUAGUGCCUUCAAGAUGCCUUUGCCGAGCUUUAACUGUUUUUUCAUCGAGCCUUUUUCAAACAGUCCGUCGAUAUAUCAUCUGAGAAAAAAAUUACGGUGUUGAAUAGAGAAAGAAUCUGAAGAAUGAAUGACAAUAAACUGGGAUACUUAGGCAUGUAUUAAAGAGAGUCAGUGUUGUAUUGACGAAGCAUUUUCAACUUAACGAGUUGAAUUUACGAGUACGUUUUGUUCUAAAUGUGGUAUCGUGUCUCUCUCUUUGUGCUUGGAUGGUGCCUUCAUCGUCCUUAAAUGGUGCCUCAAGGACAAAGGCACGACGCACGAACACAAAGAACGAUAAUCGCGCCUCUAUGCAUGGAUAUGUAUUGUGCAUUGGCAAUUUGGUGCAUUAAAAAUUACGUUCAUACGCUAAAAAGGAGUUAUUUAUCAAAUAACCAUGAAAAUUAAGUUUCUAUACGCGCAGUUUAGAGGAACUGUAACAGUAAAGGUAGCGUUAGAGCAUUUUUUACAAAUGCAAAAAGAGGUAAAAAAAUAUGUAUAUGAAAAGCUAACAAUUUUUUUGGUUCUCGUGCCAUGUGUCAACCCUGUACAGGAUUUCUCUCGGAGGACUGAUCUUGUGUUGGUCCUGGGAUGAAUUUAAAGAUAAAAUAAAAACGUAAUCUAUUUAUUGAUUUUAGUUUGUUUUUAGGUUCAAAAGACUGACCAUGACAGCUCCAGCUCAACUUCGUCUCUUAUGGAACCGCGUAUCUUUCUACAAAUUUCCUACGUUCCCUUUCUCCGUGCCAAGAUCACAUUUACUUCAUGACAAGACCAGAAACUUGUUUUCAACAAGAGCAAGCCCAACAACAACAGAUACUUUCACACCGCUACCAAGAGAAGAAAUGCUUACAAAAUUUAAGUCAAGAAUAAAAGACCGACCAUCCAUGGCAGGUUCAACCGGGGAAGGAUUCCCAGAAUUCCUUGCAGAGCCAAGAGAAUCAUUCCCGCAUGGCGUGCUCGUUACCAAUCCCCAGCAAUCCUCACUUGCUCAGCUGACGGCAAAAUGUAUGGAAUAUGUGGAAGAAAAUCUCACACACCAUCCCGCUAUUUUAUUUCGCAAUCUCCCAGCCCAAACCGAGGAGGACUUCUCUAUCAUUGCUCGGGAAAUUCCAGGGAAAGCCUUGACUUAUGAGGGAGGAGCUUCUCUUCGCCAAAGAAUUGACGAGAAUAUAGGAACAUACACCGCUAACAACGAUCCAGAUGAGAUAUCGAUAGAUCCACACAAUGAAAUGUCAUACAACAAUGUAUACCCAUCCAAGGUAAGCUAUGUUAAAAUUCAGAGCAGUUUUAAAUUGAUACCGUUAACGAACGUUUCGCCUUUUCAUAUGUCGAUUGCCGGAAACUAUGAGAACAAUACUAAGGCCUAAUCACUCUAGAUUGUUAGAAGGGAAGGCGAUAUUCCGGCCAAUUAAGGUGUGUGCCGGGAAUGCUCUUAUUUCAUGAUCUGUUUAAGGGAUCGGGGGGAUAAAACUGAUAUUUGAAAGAACUGGAAAAUAACUGGCCUGGGAAAAUAGCCCACACUUCCCUUACUAUUUUGGUUGAAGCAAAUUUCCCUCGCGGAACGCCCAGUUAAUCACUCAAUCAAUUUAUUUAGGACAAUAUGUGGGAUGGGGUUGCCCUGAUCAUCUAAGCCGGGAGCUCAUCAGUGGCGAAUCUGGACCUUCAGAUAAGGAGGGGGGGGGGUCAUCCAGACCCUGAGAAAAGGGGAGGCCCAGUCUCCAAAAAACAUUUUUUCGGCCCUUCGGACCUCAGUUUGGUCUAAAAAUAAGGGGGGCCCGCCCCCCAGGCCCCUCCCCUGGAUCCGCCAAUGCUCAUGUAUGAAACGUAUGACAAUUAAAAUACUAAGUUUAUAAUAAUACAAUCUCUAUCCCCAGGUUUUCUUUUUUUGUGUCAAAGAACCCACUGAUGGCUGCGGAGGUGAAACACCGCUGGUUAAAAAUAGCGACCUUCUUUCGUCACUGGAUCCUGACAUAGUGAAAAGAUUUGAAGAGAAACAGCUGCGGUACGUGAGAUAUUUGCCUGAUAAAUCAAACGCAGAAUACAUGAACUGGCAGCACGUCUAUGACACAGACAACAGAGAGGUAGGUGGAUUUUAACAAAGUUCGGAUAGAAGAAAAGUAAGAUUCGCGAGUGGAUGUAUUUUCCCAAAUGCCAAUCGCUGAAGCUUAGUUAGAUACAUUCCUAGCCCUAGUUGUUUAUAUGGUGGAUUACCCUAUCCACUGGAUAAAUCUCUAUCCACUGGAUAGCGCCAUUGUUUUCUCUAACACUUUUCCGCUGGAUAGUGACUUAUCUUGUGGAUAGCGCUAUCCAGCAACGUUUGAAAAACUGUAACUGAAAUUAGUUAUAAGAACCAAAUAGAGACGAGAAGUCGUUACGUCACGUUGCCAUGGUAGCAAAAUUUUUUGGAUGAAAAUUCACUUAAAAAGUAAAUUCUCACUGUUUCAAAGUUCAUCGAUCUUAUUCAAUUUCAUGUAAUUUGUCAAACGUUGGCGAAAUUUUCUGGAUUUAAUCCGAAAGGACCGUAUCUGAGUUUAGAAAAAAAAGAAACUUUUUGUGUUGCGUUCACCUACUCCGUAAAGCGGGCGCGAGAAAUUAGUAGGUUUCAUGUCUCACUCGUGCAACGGUGGCUAAGAAACGUACAAAAAAAGCGUGAUGCACGUGCAAAGUUGUUGUUUUGCUAAUCUAAACCUAUCGGGGUUUUUUUGCCGUUCUCGAUACUGUAGCCGUCCUCGUUGCUUAAUCUCGGCCCUAUUGUUGUCAUCCAGAAAUUUGGCUACCAUGGUAACUUGACGUCACACUUCUCCUCUCUAUAGAUUUCUUUCCCAAGAAUCCAGAAUUCAAUCAGAGAGAUGUGGAAUCCGCAGUAUUAAUGUUCAGUUCCUUCUUAUCGCUGUCUAAUAGGUUGUGGAAACCCUAGCAAAAGAGCAAGGCAGGAAUUUCACCUGGGACCCUAGCGGUGAUCUGUACCUGUGGCAAAACAGGCCUGCCUUUAUACAUCACCCAGUCACUAGAAAGAAAACUUGGUUCAAUCAAGCUACGACACACCAUUGUUCCUAUUACCGUCUACUGCCGGGAGGAGACAAGAUCCAAGAAAAUAAAUAUCCAUCCCACACAUUUUACGGCGAUGGAAGCGAUAUCGAGCCCGCAGUAAUACAGCACUUACUCGCCACUGGCUGGUCAUGCGCAGUAGGGUUCAAGUGGAGAAAGGGAGACCUCUUGGUGCUCGACAACUUGGCAGUACAACAUGGGAGGCUUGGAUUUCAAGGGGACAGAAAGCUUUUGGUCUAUAUGACAAACUGAUAGAAUAUACAUUUGGAAGUCCAAUGCGAGAUUAAUUAUAUCCUUACAUCGACAAAACAUGCUUUGCAGCGUGCAAGCAAGCUCUGCACUUAAGAAAAGGUUGACGCGAAGAUUCAGUAUUCUACCCUAAAGAAACUGCUCUGUCUGCUCAAAGAACGGUUGAUUAAGAAACUCAGACUACCAAAAAAGGGUUUUUUGUUAUUUGGCUCCUGUCAACAAUCAAACGAUUAAAACAUUGAAAUUUUGUUCAUAGUUCAACAAUUAUAAUUUAACAAGGAGUCCGAAGGCUUUGGUUUUUUCUUUCGUUUGUUUGUUUGUUUUCGUUCUUUUUUUACCACAAAAUUAAUAAGAAACAAUGUACACUAGAUAUUUACUUGUGUCGCCUUGAUAUGUUUCAUGUUUAGUGUGUGUGUUAAAGCCCUAAGAUGGGUCCUUAAAGCUACUACGGUGGACAUCAAACUUUAAUUCCGUGUUUACAAAAUAUUUAAAUUUAAAAGAAUGGAUUUGUUGUGAAACUGGACAAGAUUUUUACGGACACAUUUUCGAUCAGUGCUAUUUUUUCGUUGGGCAUAUGUUUUUAUCCCGUCGGUUUGGUGCCAUAAAUUUUGGAUCAAUACACGUUUUGGUACGGUUUGGAUCCACGCACGUUAUGUACAUCAUAAUACCGCACUAUUUUUACUAGUACAGUAAUUAACUAUAAUUCUGUAGAAUCCAGAUUUCUCGAAAUCUAAGCAGGUCUUCAACAAUUUUUCGAUUUGGUGAGGACAUAUACCCGACCACUACAAGGGGAAAGGCAGAACAGCUGUCGGAAAUACUUUAUGUUGACUUUUAAGUAUGUUCAAACAUUGCACUGUAAUCGUUGGUUACAAAAUGAAAGCCUUUGGUAUUCUCCACUCUAGAAACUAUAAGGAGGAUAGGUACACGCUUUCGGCACAACGACUUCUGGGAUUAUUUGGGUGAUAAGCGAUACUUAUGAUUAGUUAACGGCUGCCUUGAGUACCAUCGAGCGAUCAUAACUAGAAAUACGUGAAUCGCAGAGUUUCGCGAGGCAAAGGUUAACGGCCAGAAGUAGGAAGAAAGGGAAGGAAGUCAAUAUGGAAAAUGGAAAAGAAAAUAUAUGAAAAAAAAAAAAACAAAUAAGUAAGCAAAACAACAACAACAACAAAAAGAAGAAGAAGAGGAGCGAAUUAAAUUAAGUAUCGAACCCGCACGUCCUGUGGGGGGCGACUUUUCUUUACCACUACACUAAUGAGGAUGAUAAUAUAAGAGGGAAGAAAAGUGUUUAAUUUAACGCCUUUUCCAUGGAUUUUCCGCCGGCAAACGCCGUUUAAGCUGAUCGAGCCUUAUUAAAAACGAAUUCAAAGAUAUAUUUUAGGAAAAUAACCGGGCUUUCGAUAAUUCCAACUAACUUCCCUCUCCGCAGAAGGUUUGAAAAAUCGGCAGUACACUGUAAACUCUAGGAAGAAUAGCCAAAAUCUCUGGGCGUGGUGAUUUCUGGUAUGGUUUUGGUGGAC